AUGAGCCUGGAUCUCAUAUCGCUAACAAAUGUUCUGGAGCAGGCGAAUGGGUCUGAGCGAGGCGCUGCCCAGAAAUUAGCUGAAACCCAAUUGAAAGAAUGGGAAACUCAACCAGGUUUCCAUUACUUGUUACAAUCUGUAUAUAAUGACUUGUCAAUCCCUUUGCAAACAAGGUGGCUAGCUGUCAUCAAUUUUAAGAAUGGAAUAGAAAAAUAUUGGAGAUCAUCCAGAAAGAAUGCAAUCUCAAAAGAAGAAAAAAUAAACAUUAGGGCAAGACUAUUUGAAUUGAUAGAUGAACCAAACCAGCAAUUGGCUAUUCAGAAUGCACAAGGAUCAUCAAGAAUUUGUCGAUUCGAUUUUCCUCAAGAAUGGCCAACUUUGUUUGAUGAACUUGAAUCAUUACUACAACAAGCUUUACGCGAGGAUAACCAUGUUAAGGUCAAUAACUUGCUGAUAAUACUAAAUCAAGUGAUUAAAACUUUGUCAAUGGCUAAAAUUGGGAGAACUAGACCGGCCUUACAAUCCAAGGUACCAAUUAUCACACCAAUUUUGAUCAAAAUCUAUACAAAAUUCUACAAUGAAGGUGUGCAAGGAAUGGAUUUGACAAUAAUGCAAGUGGGUUAUAUGAGCUUGAAGGUCUUGAGAAGAAUAGUGGUUGACGUUUAUGAUAGUGCGUAUCAAUCAACCGAAGUUUCAGAAUUUUUAUCAUUAUCCGUGGAACAUUUCCAGCUCCUGGUUCAAAAAUACACACAAAGUGACAUUUUGGAUAAAUAUAUCAAAUGUUAUAGUAAAAUCUAUCAUUCAUUGGCUAAAGCCAACCCAACAAACUUGAUAUUAUUACCAUGCUCAAAGCAGAUUUUAUAUUCGUUAUUAAACAUCAUUCAAAAUAAGGCACAAACAGUUUACGAAAGUGAAGAUUCUGAGGAUUCUGAUAAUAUCUGGGAGUUUUUAGUUAUUAAGUCACUAUUAAUUUUCAAAUACUUGAUCAACUUUUUAUUCAAGAAGGGUGCAGUGUUGACGUUGAAAUCAAAAUCAAAUAAAUCAGAAAUUGAAAGUGCUAUCAAUAUUUUGACACAUGAUUUUUUCAAUGAACAACUGAUCAAAAAUCUCACUGAUUUACUAAUUAGCUACUACAUCAAACUAAGGCCAAAAGAUCUAGAGUGUUGGGUUAUUGAACCUGAAGAGUGGGCAAAUGAUGAAGUUAACCAAAAUUAUGAAUAUCAAGUUAGACAAUGUGCUGAGAAUUUCUUUCAAGAUUUAAUGAACAACUUUAAAGAUUUACUAGCACCAUAUGUCUUGAAUAAAGUACAAAAUGAAGUUGUCUCAUACAAUGAAGCUUCUGUUCAAAACAUUUUGAUUAAGGAUUCUAUAUUCACAAUUUUCCAAUUGAGUGCCAAUUCAAUUCACGAAGUUCUUGAUUUCAACAGCUUGCUAAACCAGAUCUUUUUCCCAGAAGCUUUGAAAAAUGAUUUAGUUGAAAACAAAAUCUUGAAAAGACGUGUAUGUCUAUUGAUUAAUGAGUGGAUUGGCUUGAAUGUUAUUAAUGAUGAAAAUAUGGAUAAGAUUUACAUGCUUUUGCAAAAUCUCAUUGAUCCUUCCAAUCCUAUAAACGAUAGGGUUGUGAAACUUACUGCAAUUCAAACCUUGAAAACGAUUUUGACUGAUUGGGAUUUCAAAAAGCAAAUCAUCAAGCCUUAUUUGAAAGAUUUCACAUCAUUAUUGAUCAAAUUAGUUGGAGAGAUGGAAUUCACAGAGUCCAAAUUGUUCACUUUGAAUACAAUUGCUGAUUUGAUUUAUAAAACUAAUCCAUUGAUCUCAAUUGAAGAAUUGGAAGAAUUAGUCAGUAUCGUUCCUAAAUUCUGGGACGCUUCUAAUGAUAGUAAUGAGUUGAUUUUGAAAAAUAGUUUAUUGAGAAUAUUGAAAAACUUGAUUGUUUCACUAAAUGAUAACUCACCAACAACUUGGGAUUUGGCUAUACCUUUGAUCAAAGCAUGUUGUUCACCACAGUCUGAAUACUAUGCUAUGUUGUCAGAAGAUGGAUAUGAACUUUGGUUAGCCUUGUUACAAUUUUAUCCAAUAAAUCAUAAUGAUGGUGCUGAAGAUGCUAUGAUUCAAAGUCUUUUGGAACUUUACAUAAAUGCAUUGAUGAAUCAGACAGAAAUAUUGCCAUUGAUUUUAGAAAUUUUGAGAAGUUAUACCUUGUUAGUACCAGGUUUAGUUGUCGCUGAUAACACAAGAGAUUUCAUCAGAGGUUCAUUCAAAAUCUUGACUAAAUACAUUGGGAAUAUGAGAGAUGAUUCAUUAGAUAUUUUGAUUUCAGAUUUAGAAAUUACAAUUAUGGAGUCAUAUCAUGAUUUAAAUCAAUUUGAAAAAUUGUUGUCAUUGUUGAUGGAGUCUGGAUUACUACCAAAGAUUAUUUCAAUGAUUCUUGAUGAUGAACAAUCCCCAAUCACCGUUGGAAAAUUAUUGUUGAUUAUUGCAAGAAUUGCAUAUAUUGAACCAUCAAAUUUAAUUCAAGCUAUUCAUUAUAUUUAUCCUGAUGAAACUCAAUUCAAUACAAAUUUGAAAAAAUUCACAACUGUUUGGUAUGCAAGAAUGGAUAGCAAUAUUGGGAAUCCCCGUAGCAGAAAAAUUCACACUUUGGGGUUGACUUCUAUAUUGAGAACUGGACAAGUAAUUUUUUUCCAAGACAUGUCAACAUUGAUAUCUUUAUGGAUAUCAUCUUUAGAAGAGAUUGUUGAAACAAAUGGUGAUUGUGAAAAAUAUCACUCAAAUUUCAUGUAUGAGUUCCAUUAUAAUGAUGAUUUUACUAUCCAAGAAAAUGGUGAAUAUCUAAGAUUCCAGAAAUUAAUGAAAGAGGUAGAUCCAGUUCAUAAUUUGAUAUUGAAAGAUUACCUAAAAGAUACAAUGAGAUUGGUUAAAGAAACAAUCGGUGAAGCAAAUUUCACAGCAUUGAUGGGAAAUCUUGAUAAGAAUUUGGUUGAGAAUUUUGAAUACUUCUUGUAUCAAAUCAAUAACUAG